GAGGCAGGGUAGGGGGAGGUAAUGUUUGAAGCAAGGCGGGAGAGUCAGUCAGUCUGGUGUUAACCUCCACCAUCACCAACACUACAAUAACAUCUCCAACACUACAAUAACUGACAAGUAGUGGCAACUUUUUAAAUAUGUCCCCAAUGAUUCCUGACUGUGGGGUCUUGACAGCCCCGCGCAGUGUUCCUCCAGUUAAGCUGACGGCUGAAGGUUUGCUAGCCACAUCUCCUCAAACUGACUUAAGCCUAAGCUUACCGACAUCUACUGGUUUUAUUUUUUCCGCUUCGCCGAGGUCUUCAGAAAUUUCAGGGGUGAACCUUAGUUCAGGAUUUUCCUUUGGCUUUUACGAGUCCCCAAAGAACAUUCUUAGUCCACCUAAGGUUGACCACCAUCCCACCAGUUACUCCAAGAAGCGACAGAGAGAUGACAUCAAUAAAGGUGUUGGUGGCCACAAGAUAAAAAAAAUCAAGCUAAAAGCAAAGGCAAAGAAGGGAAGAACCAGCGUCAAGACUGUGGUCAAGCGGUUGAAGGAAGGAAUAUAUGCACCAUGUCUGCCAUCCAAUCGCAGUCCAUUGAAGACUCCCACUUCUAGAGAGAGAAGGAAAUCCCAUGUCCUUUCGUCACCUGGCAUUUCAUUAUUAGAUUCACAAGAGCCAGAUGAGAAUUUCUUAACAGAAUCCAGAAAUGGAAAGUUCUUCACCAGCCGGUCUCGUGCUGCUGCUACUGUGCAAAUUGGCAAGAGCAUAAAGCUUGUUGCUAGGAAUGGAGAUGUGUGUCUGAAGCAGCGUGGCAGGAUUUUUGAGAAGAAAAAUAUUGGCCGCCGUUUAGAAGCAGAACUGAAUCUGUAUCUUGAUCAGUCAGUUAAAUCUCAAAGUGUGAACCAGGUCCUAUCCUUGCCCUCAGUGCAGGCCAACCCCCGACCACUUCCAUCACGAGUGCCAUCCACUCCCUCGCCUGUGAAGCAAUCUGCUCAACGAAGGAAAUCGAGAACACCCUCACCUCGGAAAUUCAAUAAAAUAAAUACUUCAGAAAGUGCAAUGAAUGUAUCCACUGCAUCUAAUGGAGAAGAGUUACAAGAUCUGGAAUUUGCUCUCAAGGAAAUGGAUGCUGAACUUGACAAAUUAACUGCUGCAAAUAAAGCUUUGCCAGCUGAUGAGGAUGUGUUACCUCUCAAGUCGCCAAGGAAAGCAGAUAGUUCUUCAUCUCCUAAUAAGUCAAGAAAGAAAUUAGAGCAAACAAAAUCCCCAACAAGAAAAUCUCCAAGGAAACGAAAGGAUGAAGCUGUUUUGCCUAAGGAGCUUCAAAAGGAUGAAGAACUGUUGACCAAAUGUUCAUUGACACAGUCACAAGAACAGACACACUCACCAAGGAGAAAGUCUCCAAGAAAAGCAGAAAAGGGACUUCAGAAGAAUGAAUGUGCUUCAUCUUCUCCACAAAAAUCUUUAUCUCUAAAAAACAAGGACAAAGACACCAAGCUGUAUUCCAUUUUCGACCCUAAACGAAGACUGGCGGAUCAAAACAUACCCUUUAAAAAGUCUCAAAAUAAAUUGAGUAGACAGAAAGCUGCAGAUAAAGAGGAUUCACAGAUGAUGAUUGAUGCUGGACAGAAGAAAUUUGGUGCCCAACAGUGCUCUGUGUGUGGAGUUGUUUAUGAAGUGGGUAAUCAGGCAGAUGAGAUCUCGCAUAAUAGGCAUCAUGAUCACUUUGUCAACUCGCUCAAAUUUUUGGGGUGGAAGAAAGAGAAGCUUGUACGUGACAUGGACCAUUUGGGUGGACGAGUUGUAAUGGUGUCCUCGGAUGAUCCUCCACACUAUUGGCGAAAAGUGGAAGAUAUAUGUGAAAUAAUUGAUGCUGAGCUAGGCUUUUCUGAAAAUAGCAUUAAAGCAAAGGAAACUACCAAAGUCUUCCUCUAUAUCUUGGAGCGCAGAAUUGUUGGUUGCCUUGUUGCAGAGAAAAUUGAUAAGGCUUACAAGAUUAUUCACCAAGCAUCAACACGAGACACUGCACGUCCAGUGUGUUGUUCAGAAACUCCAUCCAGAGUGUGGGCAGGUGUCAGUCGUCUGUGGGUUUUUAAAUCGCAACGAGGCAAAGGUAUUGCUUCUACAUUAGUAAAUUCUAUGAGGGAUAAUAUGAUUGCAAAUUAUUUCUUGAAUGUGAAUGAAAUUGCAUUCUCUGAUCCUACUGAAAAUGGAUUGAAAUUUGCAGAAAAGUACACUGGUAAGCCAGAUUUUCUUGUCUAUCGUCGAGAAGGCCUUUGAUUCAUAGUUCCUCUCUGUGGUUGAAGGCUUUGUAUUUACAGUUCUUUAUGAAUGAGAAUACCUUUAAUUCACCCACACGAAAAGAAUACAAUCAAUUCUAAGCUGUAAUUUGGUUAAAAAAAAAAUACAUAUUUUUUUAGUGAGGAGAAGAAUUCAUUGUUGAGAUGACUAAUUAAUUUUAUAGAGGGGGAAAAUUCUUGUGUUCAUUUUUUAUAUAAUUGAAAUACUGAAGCAGUUUGACAUUUUCACUGACAGUAGACUCUCCCAUAACAAGUUAGGUACAUUCCUGAAAACUGCCCAUUACUUGCAUUCCAUGGCUGGUUGCUGUUGCUUGUUGAUAUACAUGUGGAGAGUGUUAAUUAAUGUGGCCUUGUACAACUUGAAAGGCUACCACCAUCAUCAGCUAUCAACACAGGCAAAAAAAAAUAAGCCACAUUUACUAAACAUAUUGUACCAAACGUACAGUAAUAUACCAUACCUACACCAAACAAACAUUCUAAAGAUGAAUAUAUUCAAAGAAACAGUUCAAGAAAAAUGCAAUUGUAUUGCAAUAAAAUUGUUGCUGAGGGGUUUUGAUGGAUGUCAUAUGACACUUACAGGUUUAACGCUUAAUUUAAUUAUAAGCACAGCAAAUAUUCGUGGCUGUGCCCCAGUGAAGAUUAUGCUUGCACUACAUGACUAAUAUCUUUCACACUAUUAUCAGUCACUGACAUAUUCAGUAAUUGUAUACAUAGGACUAGGGUAGGCAGACGAGUACUAAAGGCAUGGGUUAUUAGCCCUCAUUGCCUCUCCUUCACUCACACUUCUAAAACUUCAAUUUUCAUAAAAACUGUCAGUUUCAUACAUAAUUUUCUUAGCAUCACUAGUAUUCCUCAUAGGUGUCAUGGUAAUAUCCAGAAAUGAGAUGGGGGUGAUGAAAAGAUUGAAAAUUGAUUGAACAACACAUGGCUGAGUAGGUAUCAAACAAGUAUGCAUGGUGACAGGUUGUGUGGGUUUGUUGACAGUAUCCCACAGAGUGCUCUAAUAGGAGCUGGAUGGAAGCUUAUUUUUUCCACAAAUUUAUGGUAUGCUGUGGCAUGCAAUAACUUUUUUUCUCCAUACAACAUGAUAGGUAACAAAAUUCCAUUAAUGCUAAGUGAGCAUGUUAUGUGAGAGUCAAUUGUACAUUUCAAUUUCGGUAAAGUUUGUAGUUAUAUAUAUAUAUAUAUAUUAAAUCACUUGCUGUGCUACAUUGCCAGAGCAAUUACAUCACUUAAUUUUAAGAAUGCUUUUCAUUACAAAACCAUGUGUUUUGAAAAUUCAGAUUUUUUUUUAAUAUUGUGUGGGAAUCAUGUUUUACUUGUAUGAAAGAUGAAACUGCAGUGUAUGUUUACAGUAUGUUACAGUACAAUAAUUGUAUAAUUCCUUGGUGAAAGCCAUGUGCCAAGCAGAACUCAGCAUGUGUACCUUGAACAAUAAUUUUUGUCUAAUCCCACAUAGUAACUCAAACUGUAAAAAAAACUUUUCAUAGUUUAAGUUCAAGAUUCUUGAAAGUUCAGAUCUUCUAUAUUGUGAUAAGCUUAAUUUUUCAGGAUCCACAAGACAAUUUACUGGUUCAAAUAUCUGGAAUUUUUCAGAAUAAAAUCUAUAAACAUUUUUAUAUUUGCAUAAAAUUAAGUUUUACUUUUCUGCUUCACUAUCAUCAUCAUUAUUUUUUUUCACUUGUCCAUUAUCAAUAUUCCAUAUUUUGUUUGCAAUAAAAUCUUAUUUUAU